AUGGUCUUCAGCACGGGAGCGCUCCUGCUUAUGUUCCUCACUUUGCUAGGUGGAGCUCGGAACUCGAGACCGCUGAACGAGAUCUACUUCUUGCAAGUCGACACGAGCAACAUCCCAGGUGCCCCAGAUCUGUCGCGCUGGACCUACUGGCAGCUAUGCGCUGUGGUCAAUGGCAAGAGUCAAUGCGGAUCAUCCGUUCCCGACUACCCCUUCGACCCCCCGAGCCAUGAGACCUUCGACACCGACACGAACAUCCCUGCCGCCUUCAUCGGAACGAAUCACUACUACCUGACCUCCCGGUUCUCGUUCCCCUUCCUCCUCAUCGCCCUGUUCUUUGGCGUCGUCUCGCUGUUCACCGGUUUCCUGGCUAUGUGCACGCGCAUCGGAGGAUACGUCUCCUCGCUGGUGGCGUGGAUCGCCCUCAUUUUCCAGAUCAUUUCUACCUGCCUCAUCACCGCCGUCUACGUCGAGGGUCGCAACAAGUUCAGCGCCAACGGCCAGACAGCCAAACUCGGCGCCAAGGCGUUCGCAUUCAUGUGGACCGCGGUGGCCUGUCUGCUAAUCGCAUGUGUCUGCUACUGCAUGGGUGGUUCCGUUGGUCGGAAAGAGAGAGGUUACAGUGGCCGCGAGCACCGUCGUCGCGGAUUCUUCUCUUCUGCUCGCCGCCCAUCCAGCGUUCGAAGCAACAAGGAGACUGCCCCUUAAAUUUUCACUUACCACAAUCACUUGAUUAGGAUGGAAUGAGCGUGCCUCUCCUUAUUCACCACCGAAAUCCCGAUGUGCGGUUGGUUGGUUCUUAGGUCUCUCCUGCCCUCAAGCUUUCUCUAGAAAAGAAAAAAGCGAGACCAGAAACUUUCUGUGAACGACCCGGCCCUUCGCAUCCCACAUACAGAUCCCGCCCACAUGGUGCACACUAAAUAAUCCACAUGGCUCAUAUGAAUCC